UUGUGGCUUGGUGAUCGUGAUCGUGGUCAGUGCUGUGCGCGAACGUACUUGAUAAGAUGUUUCUGAAUUGUUCAGUGAUGAUUCAUACUAUACUAAUGUGCUUUAUUACGAAAACGUGAUUAUAGUGUAAUAUUGGUGGUUUUAAAUCAAUACAUAACAUUCUGUGUGCUAUUCCUUCUACUUCGAAUGACAUAACACCUUUAUAUUCAGGAGUAGACAUACUACGAACAUUGUGAUAUGGCUAGAGUUCUAUUGUACGAGAGAGUAGUAGAUGCUGUAUUCAUACAUGCAAAUCCAUCUUGUGAUACGGAGAUCCAAGAUGGGAUGAAGAUUAAGGAUGAACCCAUUGAUACGCCAUUAAAUACUGACACGAGAAAUGCAUUAAGUAGAAAUUUCUCUAAUUUGAAAAAUGAUACGUCAAAUAGAAAUUGUCCUAAUCUGAUCAAUCACAAUGAAGCAUCAUUACUUGAAAACGAUAUUGCGCCCAAAACCGUAAAAAAUAAAAAGAGUAAACGCAUAUCUAAAAGUCAUUCUGCAUAUGUAGGUGAUGCAGCUAAAACUUUUAAUUUAAAACGUAAAAAAACACUUGUUAAAAUAGAACAAGUACGCGAUGCUUUGUCACAAUCCAAUAAGAAACAAAAACGUUCCAAUGAUUUCCAAAUUUCUAAAAAUAAAAAUAUUAAUUCGUUUACGAAAACAACCAAAAAAUUUAAUACAAGAAGGAAACAACAAAGCAUCAUAUCAGUUUCUAGAACCAAAAAGCAACGCACAACUCAAAGAAAAAAAACUGCUACUGAAUGUAAUAUAUGUUUUAGAACAUUCUCUUCUUUGCGAAACUGUAAAGCUCAUAAACAGUGUUAUAUUGGGAAUUAUCAAUGCAAAAAUUGUAAAAUGCAUUAUAUGACACAUAAGAAAUAUUACUUUCAUACCCUGAAGUGUUUUAAAGAAACGGAAUGUUACAACGUCAAUUGCCGCUCAAAAGUAUAUUGUAACUUUUGCCAUCGUGGUUUUAAAAAGAAGGUACUUCUACAAUCGCACUUGUUUCACUUACAUAGGGAAUUAAUAUAUUCGAAUAACAUAACUAAACAUAAAAAUCCGAAGUCCAAGAAUGAAAAUAUAUUAUUAAAAAAUGACACUUUGAAGACUGAUGCACAUGAAGAAUUACUGUGUCCAAGCAAUCUUAUGAAAUCAAAAAAACGAACUAUUAGUCUCAUAAAUCAUAAAUCUUCGAGCGAUGAUGAUGCGAUGAAAAUCGGGAACUUAAAAACUGAAGAAUCAUUCAGUGAUGGAAUGUCACCUACAAAAAAAUUACGGCAACCAACAUUAACGGAAUAUCUUGAGCUUUGCAAAAGAAAACGUGAUAUUAAUGCCAGUCCAAAUAAAUUUAACAUUAUAAAAGAUGGUUUUUCGUCCACUUUAUUUUACAAAAGGGUAAAUAAUUCUAAAUCAAAUUUUUCAGAAAUAUGUACUGAACAAGUUGAUUCUUUACCUACAAAAUCAAGUAAUUUAGAACAAAUGGUACAUUCUACUUUGGAGAAAGAUAGAAAUCACGAAGUGUCCAAAAAGCCAUUUGUAAAAUUACAUGCAGAUGUUGAAAUGAUGAAAUCUUUUUUGGAAAAACUUCCAAAUAUUAUUAUUGAAGAUAAAAUAACCAAAGAUCAAAGAAAUGACAUUGUUUCAUGUUAUCAAGAAAUGCCGUAUAGCUUACGAUCUCCAAGAGCUAUAUCUUCCGGGAAAUCAAUUUCAAGUUUAAGGAAGAGGCAGAGCAAAGAUGCAUCUAAGAAAUUUCAAUUUAACACAGAAUAUAGUACUAGAACGGAACAUAAUAUGGUUAAUUUAAAUAAAAUAGAUUCCAACUUUUGGAAAACUAUUAUGAUCCGUUUUAAGUGCAAAGAUUGUAGAAUUAUUUUAACAAGAUGCGAUGAGAAGAUAAGAGAAGAUAAUCAUCAUCAAAGUUUUGCAAUUGAAACCACGUUUAAGGAAAACAUCUUUUCUCCUCAAUGUAAUUCUGUAUUGUUUCAAGAAAAUAAUAUACGAAAUGAAAUCGUGCUAAAAAAGUUAGAAGUUUCUCUGGAACGUUUAACAACUGUUCCAGCUAUAGAUAUCACAAAAAUGAAGACAAUAUCAGACAUCGAGAAACACAAUGAUGGUUCCUUUUUGUGUAAAGUUUGUAAGAAGAGUUUCUCUUCAAAAUUAGACAAGCAUAUGCACAUUAAGUCAUCUCAUAUAGCGUAUAUGUCAAGUAUAUGCGACGCACGAUAUAAGCUGAAACAUAAAUUACUUCAACAUUACUUGAGUGAACAUCUAUCUAAACAAAAUCAAUGUUGUGUUUGUUAUAAUGUAUUAUCUAACUAUGUAGAGCUGAAACGACACUUAAGUGUUCACUGUCUGAAGUAUGUUCAGAAAGAAAAUGAUCGAUGUCCAAUAGAUAUUGAGGUAAAAUGCAGUUCGAUAAAAAACAAUUAUAAGUGUCUUCAAUGUAGCACUGCAUUCCUAACACAGACAAGUUUGAUGAUACAUCAAAGCGUUUGCAUACUACAGGAAGAGAUGACUACGGAUCAAAAAGAUGCCAUGAAAAAGAUAAACGCGUGCCCGAAAAUUAUUCUUAAGAUGCAGCGCAGCAAUAAUGUCAAUGGACUAACAGUUAUACGUGAUGAAAAGACUCAUUCUGAUGAUGAAUGCUUAAGUAAGAACUCUGUAGAAAUGACAAAUGAACAUUGUAUAUCGCUAAAUAGUGAAGAAGAUCUAAAAGUUAUUAAGGACUUAAAAAUUAAUGAAAAUAAACAAAACUCUUCUGUUGAUGAUAACUUAAUUACAAAGGAAAUCGGAAUUAUCAACGAAUCACAAAAUUCUGAAAAACUUUUGGAAAAUAGUAAUUCUACAAUUAGUAAUCAAGAUAUCGCAAAUGCACAAUUGGAUGCUAUUAAAUCAAAAAUUAACAUUUAUCCUUGUGAUAUAUGUGGAAAACAAUUUCAUAGUCAUAAAAAUUUGCAGCAACACAUACGCACUUUUAAUUAUACUACUGAUGUUUGUCCGAUAUGUGGGACUGCAUUUAGUUCGAAACGUCUUUUACAAUCGCAUAUUACUGCGGCACAUGUACCGCAGAUCUCAAAAACAUACAAUUUCCAUUGCGUGUUUUGUAAUCAAGGGUUUAUUAAAAAACAUGAACUUCGUCAACAUAUAUUACAUUUGCAUAAUCAACAAAUACUUGACACAUUCACGCAUGAUUUUCGCGCGAAUGAAGAGAUAUUAGAUACUCAAACCGCAAUGUGUAAUGUGUGCAAUUUAGUAUUUGAGACGCAUGACCGUUAUAUGCAACACAAGAUGUACUAUUACAAGAAUCAUACAUUUACAUGCUCGCUCUGUGCACAAGAUUUUCAAGGAAUGUACAUGUUGAAUCAUCAUACCAAACUUACACACUAUUCAGAAGAUAAACGUAAAUCGUACAAUUAUAUUUGCAACAUAUGCAACGAGGGAUUUAAUCACGAGAAGCAUUUUCAUUCGCAUAAUAUGCAUGUCCAUUCGAAUAAAGAGAAUUUGACUGAGAUUGCAGAAGAAUCUGAAGAGAGAAAUCGAUUUGAUCACGCAUCCGAGGACCAAGAAUGUAUUAGAAAUUGUUCUACAAGUAAACAAAAAGAAAUUGAACAAUUCCCUGAUGAAUACACUUGCCAGAUAUGUCAACUAAAAUGUAGAAAUAUUGAUGAUAUGGCAAAGCAUAUCGCAUUUUACUCUAAUGAUGGCGAUUUUAAAUGUGAUAGAUGCAAGAGGCAAUGUAAAACAUUUUAUCUGCUUUAUCAACAUAGAAAGUUAACUCAUACUUGUCGUGAUAUUUAUAAUGGACAUGCGUGCCAUAUUUGUGGCGAAGUUCUAGAAACGGUUAUUUCAUUGAACUGUCACAAGAAACACUUUCAUUCAAAUGAUAUCGUGUGUGAUAACGCACUUGAUCGUAAAAAUUGUGAACAGACAUUAUCUUCGAAUACUGCAAGUAAACUAAUAGAACAUCAACUUAAAUCUAAUAAUGCACAGAACACAACAAAAUGGAGAUAUAACUGCUUGUUCUGUGACAUGAGGUUUUUAUCUGCUAAUGCUAUCCAGACACACAUUCUUCAAACUCAUAUUGAUGAUUUGGCUGCUAAAAACAUUGCUCUAAAGCCUUCACUUUUUACUAUUGAAGACGAUAAUAUUCGGAAACACUCCAUUCAACAAUUUAUUGAAGCUAAUCAAGCUUCAACAUCAGUAGUAACAUCAUCAUCAACAUCAGCAUCAAUAGUAACUACAACAUCAGCAACAACUAAAACAUCAACAGUAGCAUCUACAACAUUGACAUCAGCAACAGCAAUUACAACAUCAGCAUCAAUAGCGGCAACUCUAGUAUCAACUUCUACAGCAAUAACUACAAUAUCAACAUCAACAACAGCGGCAACAUUAGAAGAUAUCUCAACACAAUUUCUUCAAGAUAAAAUUCCGAAUAUUUUAGAUAAAAAAGAGAUAAAAGAUAAAACCAAUAUUGAACCAAAUCAAAUAAAAGCUAUACUAUUGAAAGAUAAUAUAAUUGCGCAGAAAAUUUCUGCGAUGCCAUCUAUUAGUGGAUUUAGGACUGACGUUGCAUCAUCUAUGGCUUUUGCAUUAAGUAAUGAAUUUAAUGGUAAAGUUAUAGUUCCCUUAUCCACUCUUAAAUCAACUAAUGCAUUUCAAGCUUCUGUAAUCCAAUCAACUGUACCACUCCAAACAUUAGUUCUUGUACCACAAGUUUGGAAAAGUAAUGAAACUACAAAUCAGAAAUCUGAACAAAUCCACAGUUACAAUCAUAAUUCUAAUUACACGUGUCCUUUAUGUCCAUUAGAAUAUCCAUCUUUGAUGUUCUUUCAUGCCCAUCUGAGAUAUGCUCAUGCGGAUUCCAUUCAAACCGAUAUGAUUAAUUCACAAUUGAAUCAAUCAACUCAGGACUUUUUGAUAAAAUGUUUAUUAUGCCUAUGUGUAUUUACCGACGAAGAUAAAUAUAAAAAUCAUUUGAAGAAUUCCCAUACUGAUAAUGUAUAUAUGAAUUCUAAGAAUGAAGAAAAAACGGAUGAGAAGAAAAAGAGCACAACUCCUGAAAUUAUUACUGUAGAUGAUGAUGAUGAUGACGAUGUCGAGAAUAGUUUGAAUCAACGUACAGUCGAAACUACAGCCAUACUCGCUCACGAAAAACAGAAUGAAAAAAUUGGUAAAUUGCGAGUGAAGCCUUUCGCGAAGAUUAUGGAAAACUUAUCUAUGAAGUAUGGAUUGAAACAUCUAUAAUCUAAGCAAGUUUCUCAUUCUUCAUAAAAGAUUCUAGAUCUAAUUUUGAUAAUGCAGUUAAUAACAUAGUUAAUUGCAUUAAAUAUUUAUAAGUAAUAGUAAAGUUUCUUGUAUAUAAAUGGAAAGAAGUUGUUUUGGUUACGAUUUGAUGAUUUGUUACAGAAAGACAGCUGAAUGACGAAAAGAAUUAAUUUAUUCUUUAUAACAUACGAUUACGAUCCUUUUUUUUUACAUGGGGAAAAUCUUCGACAAGACCCCUCGACUCCUGAGAGAGAAAGGGGGAGGAGCCGAAGAUAAUGUGGAUUCUCUACCCACGAUAAAUCUUAUGGUAGUCUACUCUGCGCAUAUGUAAGGAGGGCCCAGGAAUCUCAACAAGAUUUUUGGACUCUUCCCGCGCUAGACCAUCCUAAGAGAACGGAUACGAUUCUUAACUAGUAUUUACAUACUGGUUAUAUAGCUAUAUAAAUUUUAUUUUAUAUACGAACGAAUAUGCAUAAUACUAUUAUUAUUAGUUGCUUUUCAUUUGCACUCAAGUGAUACUGAGUCAGUUAUGUGAGUAUUUUAUACUUAGAUAAAAUGUCAAUUAUUCAAUGAGUAAAAGGAACGCGCAAAUGAUAUUGCAGGUUCAUAACCUUACUUUCGUGAGUUUAUUAGACUCACUAAAGCACACAGUCUCGAUCGUGUGCAGAAACUCACUUUCUCAGCAUCAAAAGGAACGUGCAUUCAAAUGAGUUAUGAUGUCAUAGGUGAGAAUUAUUUGAGUUUUGAUGUAAAUGGAAAGCAACUAUUAUAAUAUUAUCAAACUAAAAUGAUAUAAAGCAAAACUUGAAAUUAUUACAUGAAUGCGUAAAAGUAGGAUAUAUUAUUAGACAUGUAUGGAGUUCUUCAAAUUAGAUGUUUACACGUAUCUAUAUCCAUUUACACAUGGGUAAACGACAAUUAUACACAUAUAUAAUUAGAUCUUACAUAUAUAU